AUGAGCUCCGCGGGGCGGGUGAAUCAGCAGGACGGCUCGGCCACCCUCGCGGGUGCUGGCGCCGCUGUCGGCGAAGAUGGACGAGUGAAGGUUGGCAUCAUUGGUGCUACGGGGGCAGUCGGCCAACGCUUUGUUUCGCUGCUGCAUGGGCACCCGUAUUUCCGUGUCGCGGCGCUUGGGGCGAGCGACCGCUCCGCUGGAAAACCGUACGGCAGCGUGGUGACUUGGCGCUUGGACGAUGACGCCCCGCUAACGGAAGACAUUCGCGGCAUGACAGUUCUCAACUGCACGCCCGCCCCCUUCAAGGAAAGAGGCUGCGUGAUCAUUUUUUCCGCCCUGGAUGCUGCGGCGGCAGACACGCUGGAAGAUGUGUUUGCGGCAGAAGGCUUCAUCGUGUUCAGCAACGCAAAGUCCCACAGGAUGGACUCCGAUGUGCCCAUCCUGCUUCCUUACGUGAACGCCCCUCUUUUGGAGGUUGUGCGCGGCCAGAAGCACUAUGCGAAAACCGGCGGUGCGAUCGUCACCAAUGCCAACUGCGCCAGCACCGGGCUCUCUGUUGCCUUGAAGCCGCUACUUGACAAAUGGGGCAUCAAGCGUCUCGCGAUCGCGACCCUUCAGGCAAUUUCAGGAGCUGGCUACCCGGGCUUGAGCGCAAUGGACAUGAUCGAUAACGUCAUUCCGUUCAUCUCCGGAGAAGAAGAGAAGCUUGAGCGCGAGCCGCAGAAGAUCCUCGGCACCCUUUCAGAGGGUUCUCGAGAGAUUCUCUCCUCCCCCUUUGAGAGCGUGGCGAUGUGCCACCGAGUGCCUGUGAUCGACGGGCACACCGUGACGGUUAUAGUCGAUUUCCCCGCCAACGCGUUCCCCGAAUCAUCCGAUGCGUCGGAUAUCUCCGCACAAAUCACGGAUGCCUUUCGCGCUUUUCAACCGCCUGCGGACGUCGCCGGAUUGCCCUCCUGUCCCGCUGAGGUCAUUUGUGUCUGCGAGCAUCCUAGCCGACCGCAGCCGCGCGUCGACAGACCUCGCGGGGGAGGAAUGACCGUCUCCGUCGGUCCGGUCAAGGCUAAAUAUGUCGCACAUGCGUCUGCGUGGACAGCGAAAUUCACGACGCUCGUCCACAACACUCUGCUAGGUGCGGCGGGCUGCUCGAUCCUGAACGCGGAACUGGCCCUGCAGCGAGGUCUCGUGCUGGACGGAAAGGGCCAAGCUCUUCGCCCACCUUCCUCGGGUGCAACGCAGUCUCGGGGCUCGGUGAAUGGAGUCGGCUCUCCGCGAGGCAAGCGGCAAAAGUGUGACAACGGUCUCUAG